AGCUGCUGCAGCUGCUGCACUUGCUGCUAGACGUGUUGGAGAAACUCUGAGGCUUUCCUUUGCUUCUUCCAGCUGUUUUCUGCUUGUUUUCUUGUUCGGUUGGAGCAGAGAAACUUCUGCCUGCAGAGGAAACGCUUCCAAGCUUCAGACUCCUGUUGUUGAUGUCAGGCUUUUAUUGUGAAGGGCUGUUGGGCUGUGAUUGGCUACCAGCUGCUGGUGGAGGUGUAUUUUAUGGGGAAAACGGUUUCGAUGAAUUGAGUCGGUCAGUUAACUCAGAUGAUCAUAACCAUGGCGACCUGAAAGACAGUGGCAAGUUGAUGAGGCAAGGAGCUGAAAGUCUGAAGCUUCCUGUUCCUUCUGCUCCAGCAGAGCAAGCAGAGGGUUGGUGAAGCUUCAGUGUCACUGUGAGGUCAGAGGUCAGCAAUCUGGUGCUCAGCCAUCGUGGAGUUGACUCAGAGUUGGAGCUGUUUGCUCUGGUUCCUCUCUGCGUUAAUCACCAGGCGAAGCUCUUAAAGCUGCAGGAAUCUCAGCAGCGUUCGGGAACCCCAACAUGAUGAUGUCACAGCCCUGCCUCCAAACCGACCUCCAUCCCAAAGCCUGUCGAUGCGCGUUGAUCCAGGGUUACAGCGCCACCUACAGGCCUUCUUCUGACCAAUGCUGUGCUGCUGAUGUUAAACUAGAGCCAGGACUUCAGCCUGCUAAUUUAGAUUAAUUACAUAGAUUUUAAUUUGUUAAAAAGUUUGACACAAUUAAUCAAAGUUUUCUUGUUUGUUUGUUUUUUACACACAAAAAUACCAAGGCGGAACCUUUGUAUUCACGUGUUGCUGGUACAACUGUAAAUCUGACACACAACCACAUCACUAACAGCAGCAGUGGAAGCGGGUUCUCUUAAUUUCUGCUUUUAUGUGAUCUGAUUGGAUGCUGGAAAACACUACUGUCAUGUUCAAGUUGAGCCAAAAGCAGUUAGCCUAUCAGUGAAGCUGUGCUAGCCUAAAAUAGCCUCUCAAUGCUAACAAGUAGCAGUUAAUGCUAAUAUCAGCAUCCAUAGUCCACAUUUCUAAAAAGCUCCAUGAACAAUCAGAGAAACUGGAAAAACACUUUUAUCUGAUCUGACUAUGAAUAUGUUCAACUCCGACUGAGUGUUUUUAAAAUGAAAAUGUUACUGAUUUUGUUGGUUAAAAGCAAUUAAUUAAUUACAGACCCUGAAAUAAACCCAAUAAAAUUUUAAUUUAGGCCGACUUCUAGUUUAUUACUUUGCAGAUUUUAGUUCUGUUCAUCUUCAUAAAGAAACAUGGAGAGAAAUGUGAACAAUAACGUCCACACAGGAUCACACAUUAGCUAAUCCAGUCUGCCUCUAUCUAACCACGGGGCGACCUGUCGGUCUGCUGCUGGGUGUCAAACAUGUAGAAACACGACUGGAGGAGAUGGAUGUGCCGUAUGUCGUCCAUAUAUGGCUGCAGCUUCCUGUGAAUGAUAGAAACAAGAUGGUUUGUGAUAUUUUCUUUGCCUCUGCAGACAUGAUGCCCAACACUCGUCUGGGAAAACGCUCGCCGUUCGGAGCGCUGGUUGGCCCCGAGACCACCAGGCCCGGCGUCAUCAACAGGGUCAGAGGUCACAGCGACCUAAAGGUGUUCUUCCAGUGUGGCGGCGCAGGCGACCCCCAGGCCGCAUCUACGUCCUGCGGCAGGUCCGUCUCCACCUGCAUCAACGUCCCCAGAAGCCGCGCUGCGCCACAGGAAGUGGACAUGGACGAGCUAAUGGCUGCCAUGGUGCUGAGCAGCCUGUCCUGCAGCCCACCGCCGCAGGGCUCCGCCCACAAAGACAAGGCAGCUCCUUUGACGGACGGCGGCGCCAUUGAGCUCUCGGACAGCAGCAGCAGCGGCUACUGGAGCGUUGAUCCCAGAAGCCCCGCCCCUUCCUCACCAGCAGACGAAGCCGGAAGAGGGUCGGCCACGCCCCCCGACGAGGGCUUGGACAUGGAGCUGGACCAGGUUCUGUUUGAAGAACCGGCGCCACGGAAACGCAGGAAUUCCCUGAAGGCGGCGUUCCGCUGCCUGUGGCCAGCCUGCGGGAAGGUUUUGACGUCGGUGGUGGGAAUCAAACGUCACAUCAAGACGGUUCACCUGUGCCACGGCGGAGAACACGAGCGAUGCUCUCGCAGCGAGGAAGACUUUUACUACUCUGAGAUCAACCAAUGGGAGGAGCCGCUCUGUCAAUCUCCUCCCUCUGCUCCUCCUUGUGGCCCCGCCCCCUCCCCCAGCCCCCCCUCUGCUCCCCCUCCGUCGCCCCCCUCACCCCCCAUCAGCAGCGCUCUGAGCCGCUCCGCGCCUUCACCCUGCAGCAGCUUCUGGCAGGUCCAAUCAGAGCACUCCUACCAGGCUCCGCCCCCAAGUCAGGUGAUUUUACCUGCAGCUUCCUGUCGUUUGAUGGCCCCGCCCACCACAUGCAGCAGACAGGGAGCCACAUUCCGGGUCCGGUCGGUCAGCGUGGGAGAGCAGUGGCUGCAGCAGCACAGCGCCCCCUGCAGGCGGAUUCGGAGCGAGGCCAAGAAGUGUCGGAAGGUUUACGGCAUCGAGCACCGAGAGCUGUGGUGCACACCCUGCCGCUGGAAGAAGGCCUGCCAGCGCUUCCUGGACUGAUUCCAGGAGAUAUCAGGAAGGUCCAGUCCAUGUUUUCCGUCAGCCUUUAUAUGAUGAUGUUCUGCAGCAUCCAUGUUUCCUGGCUGCCAGCUGAUGGAGCAGUGAUGAUGACGUGCAGACCUUCAUCCUGCAUGUUUCCAGGCUGCUGGGUCAUCUCAGGUCGGGGCAGGGAGGAGGAUGAAGACGGCCAAAUGUUUUUAAUUUCAGCUGCAGUUUAUUCAGUGAUCCAGCCAAUAGGAACCCAGCACUUAUGAGGAGGCGUGGCCUCCGAGUCCUCUGAGUCCUCCAGGACACACCGGAGAUCGUCCAAGGUGUUUCUCGUUCGGAGGUCCAAACCCAGUUCCUCAAACGGACUUUAGGUCCGUUUGUUUUUCUACAUUAUGUAAAUAUUGAUGUUGUAAUAAAGCAGCAAAACCUGAA